CGUGGUUACCGGAGCAGGUGAAGAAAGAGGAUAUCUCACGCUAGAGUGGCCAAUAUUACAAGCUAACGUUAGCUAGCACAAUGCUUUGAUGUGACACAUUGAACGACAGCUACUGCUAGCAUCAUUUAGCUACUUACUCAAUGGUCCACCCGGUCCGAUUCCCUGAUCUUUGGCAGGUGGCGUGCCGCUCUGUCUCUCGAAGUUCCCCGGGUUGGAGAAAUAAUCCCUCAGCCGUGGGAGCUCCCUGCCCGCCUCCAGGAGCUCCGUGUGGAACUCCAAGGCCGUGAGGAUGUACUGAUCGCGCAAUAGCUGAGCGGCAAUGACAUCCACAGACACCCGUGUCUCGGCACCGCCUGCUACAGCUGAGGUAGCCGCGGAAGAGAUGCCCUCCCCGUUUGGGCUCGUUCGGUUGACGCUGGACAGCAACAGCGUCGGAGGCUCGGCGUCCGCGGACGGAGAGAAUGGGUUUCCCGGCGGUGGUCCUGGAGCCCCGUCACUCGGGCUGCGCUCUGUGUCAACUGUCUCGUUGGGUCGCCGUUCACUCUCCUCCUCGGAAUCACUAAGAUUAAAUGGGUUCACCGACGCCAUAUUUGCACUAAAGGAGGCUGUAGCUAUCUAGGCUAAGCUAAUGAGACCUGCUUCCUGAAUGGAUGACAAGCUAGCUGGGAGAGGAAUCUCGCGUUCAUUCUUAUUGGCUGUCUCAUGUCACGUGAUAUUGGUUCCGAUUUCCUUGACGUAGACUACUGAUACUCACACAUCAGGUGAUGUGAAAAUAGUUGUUAAAAAAUUAUCUGUCAUUCCUCUUAUUUAAAAAAAUACAUUAUUUCGCUUAGUCUAUUUUAAUGUCAAUGUUACAGCAAGUGCAAACCGCGCCCAUUUAUGAAUCCGGAAGUUGAUUUCAUCCCGUUUAGCAGGCAUUCGACUCAUCUCUCUUCUCUAGAAGAUCUUUGUGAGUGGUCCAUCCAGCUGUGAUUGGUCAGAUUUCCUACAACUACCCACAAUCCCACUGGGUAUCAACGAGUCACAACAAGGAAGUGAGGGGACUACAGUAAUCUUAUUAAGUAGGACAGAUGGUUUUCGUAAAAGCACGUAUUUAGGGAUCAGACCGAGGGUGUCUUGUAACCUGGAGUGUUUCUCUGUGAAUAUACGUUGUUUGGCUAUUUACAAACAUAAAAUGUAACCAAAAUAAGAGCGACGAACUGUUUUCCCGAGUGCCUCCCCAUUCAUUCGGAUUUAUGAAGUUGAACACAGACUCCAUGUGGUGUUGACGGACCCCCCAAAAUGAAGAUGAUCACCUUUUUUCUGGUGGGACUGACAGUCCAUGUCAUCUUCUUCCUGUCCAUUUUUGACAUCUACUUCACGUCUCCUUUAGUCCAUGGCAUGACUCCCAUGGCCACGCUUUUGACACCACCUGCUUCCAGGCUGGUGCUCAUCGUGGCCGACGGUUUGAGAGCGGACAGCCUCUUCGCUCUGCUCCCGAACGGCUCAUCCAGAGCUCCUUACUUGAGGAGUGUCGUCGAGGAGAAGGGUACCUGGGGUGUCUCCCACACGCGUGUUCCUACAGAGUCCCGCCCUGGCCAUGUUGCGCUCAUUGCUGGCUUCUAUGAGGACGUUAGUGCCGUUGCUAAAGGUUGGAAGGAAAAUCCUGUGGAAUUUGACUCCGUGUUUAAUGAGAGCAGACAUACUUGGUCCUGGGGAAGCCCUGAUAUCCUGCCCAUGUUUGCAAAAGGUGCUAGUGGAGACCACGUGUCCACCCACACAUAUCCAGCAGCGGAGGAAGACUUUGCCUCCACAGAUGCUUCCAUGCUGGAUAGCUGGGUGUUCACUCAAGUCAAAUUGUUUUUUCAAUCUGCAAAAUCAAACUCCGCUUUGAUGGCCAGUCUGCUCCAGGAUAAGAACGUCUUUUUUCUGCAUCUGCUGGGCCUUGACACAAACGGACAUGCUCACAGACCGAUGUCACAGGAGUAUCUAGACAACAUCGGCCUAGUGGACUCUGGUGUGUCUGAACUGGUGUCACUGGUAGAAGACUUCUUCGGCCACGACGGCAGGACCGCCUACGUGUUUACGUCAGAUCACGGCAUGACCAACUGGGGUUCUCACGGCGCCGGGCACCCCUCUGAGACUCUCACCCCAUUAGUGGUUUGGGGGGCCGGAGUGCAGAGUCCCCACAAAGUGACUGAAAGUCAGAUUUAUCAUGAUGGAUACUUGCAAGACUGGAAACUGGAGCACCUAAGAAGGGUUGAUGUCAAUCAGGCUGACAUCGCCCCUCUUAUGGCAUCUCUCAUCGGUGUACCCAUUCCCGUCAAUUCUGUUGGUGUGUUACCUCUUCACUACCUGAACAACACGGAUCGCUUCAAAGCGGAGUGCAUGUACACUAACGGCAUUCAAAUACUGGAGCAGUUCAAGAUGAAAAUGAAGCAGAAAAAGGAGACAACCUUGUCUUUCCUCUUUACGCCUUACAAACCGCUGACUCAGCCGAAACAAGCUGAAUUUAUCCAUAAAGCGAGAAUCCUGAUGCAGCUGGAAAAGUAUGGAGAAGCUAUCUCCCUCUGCCAGUCUCUAAUAUCCCACGCCCUGGAAGGCCUCAUUUACUACCACACCUACGACAGGUUUUUCUUGGGUUGCAGCGUAGUGCUGGGAUUUGUAGGCUGGACCUCGUACGUCGUCCUCGUCAUCCUCAAGACCCACGCCAGCCUCAACAUGCACCCCGAUAUCCUCACCCAGAAUCCCAGUCCUACCCUGCUGAGGUUGUGUUUGAGCGUCGCCGUGGUGAUCAGCGUAUUCCUGCUUGUCCAAAGGAGUCCAAUCACAUACUACGUCUACUGUCUGCUGCCAGUACCUGUGUGGUACUCUGUUCUUAAAGAGUCCAAAACACUAAAAGACUUGAUUCAAUCAGCUCAUUCCUUUCCACUGUGGAAAUGUUUUGGCUACUUUGUGUUGGUUGCAUUUGGCAUUGAGCUGCUGGUGGUGAGUUUCUUCCAUCGCGCCAUGCUGACAGUGGGUUUGGCUGCGCUCUCCCUGUGGCCGAUGCUUACAGGGCUUUUUGGGAAGGCUAAGUUCCGAUCAUUGAGCUGGUUUCUGGGCUGCUUGUGUUUGGCCGCAUUCCCUCUGAUGCCUGUAGUGGGAAGAGAGGCUAACAUAAAUCUAGUGACAUGUGCUGGCCUCCUCACUCUCUUCACAUCAUCCUGUUUCCUCUGGCCGUCACACAACAGGACCCCGCUUCACCCAAGUGAUAAACAGCAGUUCAUCAUCCAGAUGCUGCAUGUGGCCGUGUGUGCCUACGUGCCGUCCUCCACGCACUCCAGCCUGCAGCAGAAACAGGGUCUGCCUCUUCUCAACCAGAUCAUCAGCUGGGCCACGUUUGCGUCUUCCAUACUUGUUCCACUGAUGAGCUCUACACGUCUAUUCCACCGGCUUCUCAGCAUAUUGCUCUCGCUAACAGCCACCUAUCUGCUGCUUAGCACAGGGUCGGAGGCCUUGUUCCCACCGGUGUUAUCCUGGUUGAUGUUUGUGUGGAUCAACAUUGAACAGGAAGCCAUGAUCGCUGAGGGCUUUUCAGGAAGACAAGAGCUCUCCACGAUUGAUUUCUCUGCCAACAUUGACAUCUCCAAAAUUCGCCAGCUCAAGCUGGACGACAUCCGGCGUUCCUAUUUCUUUGUUUUUUUUAUAAUAACCGCUUUCUUUGGCACUGGGAACAUUGCAUCCAUCAACAGUUUUGACCCUGCGUCUGUUUAUUGCUUCCUGACGGUCUUCAACCCCUUCAUCAUGGGAGGGUUAUUGAUGUGGAAGGUCAUUAUUCCAUUCAUAAUCGUGACGUGCACGUUUGAGACUAUCCAAGUUACAACGCAGCUCUCAUCGAGAAGCUUAUUCCUCAUUGUCCUGGUUAUAUCUGACGUGAUGGCUUUGCACUUUUUCUUCCUGGUGCGGGACAGUGGCAGCUGGUUGGACAUUGGCACAAGCAUUAGCCACUAUGUGAUCGUGAUGUCAAUGACCAUCUUCCUGAUGCUGCUCAGCGUGGUUACACACAUCCUCACGUCAAAGAGACUGCUUCUGUGGAGGAGACGCAAGAUGCAUUUCCCAUGAAUGAACCCACACAGGAAGGAUAUAUGUAGAUUUUGGUCUCAUAUUUAUAGGAAACCGUGGGAUGUCUUGUGUUAAUGUGUUAUGCUAGGCUACAUUCACGAUCACAAUUUCAUCGCUGGAAAAAAAUGGCUCGAUUUACUCAUGUCAAUGUCCCGCCACUGAAGCAUCACGACAAGUGGCCCAAAAAGACGCCAUGGUCAAAUUUCUUGCCUUCUUCCUUCUUAAUUUCUUGCGUGAAAUAAAUAAAAAAUUUGCGAGCAUUUAAAAAAAAAAUUAUUUUACCUUUAUUUACCCAGGUAAGCAAUUUAAGAACAAAUUCUUAUUUACAAAUGCAGCCUGAACAAAGAGCAAAAGCACUAAAAUAAACGAAAUAAAAAUAAAAAAUAAUGUUUUGCGCGAAAUAAAUAAAAAAUUUGCGAGCAUUUUUUAAAAUUUUUUAUUUUACCUUUAUUUACCCAGGCAAGCAAUUUAAGAACAAAUUCUUAUUUACAAAUGCAGCCUGAACAAAGAGCAAAAGCACUAAAAUAACGAAAUAAAAAUAAAAAAUAAUAAUUUUUUGUGCGAAAUAAAUAAAAAAUUUGCGAUCAUUUUUUUUAUUUUACCUUUAUUUACCCAGGUAAGCAAUUUAAGAACAAAUUCUUAUUUACAAAUGCAACCUGAACAAAGAGCAAAAGCACUAAAAUAAGCUAAAUUAAAAAAAAAAAAAAUUUUCUUACACGAAAUAAAUAAAAAAAUUGCGAGCAUUGACACCACCAUGCAGCCAUGGUUACUUCCGUCAACAAAGCGCAGCAUGUGACCUCGUGUCAUAUGCGCAUGCGCUCAAUUCCCAAAAAUGUGGACUAUUAAGGGUACAUAAACAACAUCAUACCCUGCAGUGUGAAUUAGCUAAAAUGUCUCGAGUGCUACAUUAGUACUUAAACUUUUCUAACUAGUCAAUGUUAUUUGCUAAGAAUUACAAUAUAAGUUGUUAGCUUGGUCAUAUUAUAAUCAUAAUUCAUUCAUAAUUCAAGCCUACAACUUUUGCAAAAACUUUUCAUGUUUUGUACAAGAUUAUUUUUGUAUUAACACUUUUCACACUACUACUUGAAUUCGGGAUUUGGACUGACAACUGUGCUGUUUUUUUUGUUUUUUUUACAUAUGUAGUAUUGUUUUGAAGGGAAAGGUUGUAAUGAUUUUCUAAUAGAUGUACUUAAAAUAUGACUACAAAUGAUUGUAAUUAUUCUAACAAAUGAAACACACCUGUUCAAUAUAGGAGAGAAAAUGUAAAAAUGUUUUCUAGUUUUUUUUCUCACAAUGUAGGAUUUAUUGUCAUAUAAUAAUUCUUGAUAUUGAUUUUUAAUUUUUUUUAAUAUUUUAUUGUUAUGUCUUUCUAAAAUACAAUGAUAGAGUGAAGCUGUAAAUUUGCGAAGUGGUGAAGGAUUACUAUAAAAGGUUUUUUGGGGGUUUUGGGACCCCCGCUGCACGUUUUGGAGCGGCCUUUUAUUGUAGCCAAUCUCUACACUAAUCAUAAUCUGCAUGUAUUUUGAAUGAUAAACGCUCACAAUAUUUCUAAUAUAUAUUCAUAUUUUAUAUAUUAAUAUAUUUUUAUUUAUAAUAUAUAAUAUUUAAAUAUAUUUAACAAUAUUUGAGAGUUCAUGAAAAAAUGGGAGCAA